AUGUUUCUUCGUGGCUUGGGCUCCUAUGUGGAUGUGACUACUCACCCCGGUUGGACGGGGCGACCCGAAACCAGCUAUCGUCCCAGUCUCACUCGUAUUGCCCCAAGAAGUGUCACACAACAAAACUGCGCGCCUGUUUCCCCAAUCCCAGAGACAGCACCGGACGGCACACGUCACAUUCUGUACUCUGCCGAUUCAAUUACGGAGUUGGCCUGUCUGUGUCCAACAGACUUAUCGCUUGCCGCUACCGCGGAAGACGAACGUGGUGGGGCCUCAUCCACAGGGGUUUCGAAAGAGUUGCGUACACGCGUCCCCGCUCCCAGCACUGUACGGCAUGGAUCGUUGACUUCCGCGUCUGGUACCUCAGGUGAACCCGGUGCUGACCCAACCGGAGGUCGGGUUGCUGUUGUCUGGCUACAAAGCUGGGAAGAUGGCCCUCUUAACAGUGGACCCGAUUGUCCUGGAUGGAGCACACACAAUUUGACCAGUAGGACAUUCGGCUGCCAAGUCACCAUCUACAUCACACAGCUCAGUUCUAAACUCUACCGGAUCGGGGUAAUUCGUGCACCCGGACGCGUUUUCGACGCGGGACCGCUUAUCAACGGAAUGGUCCUGAGUCAGCGUUGUCUGAGCAGUUUUGUGCGCCAGACUGUUUGCAACAUUGCACGGUGUCGGCGUCUUGCAUCAGAUCAGUUUCAACCUCCGCACGUGAAACGCCAGUACCGCGUGUUUGAAUUGGGUCAAACGUGUCGUCUGCGAACCGACCCAUUGGGCACAACAAACCAGAUGAAUCGAGUGACCACAGUCAAACCGGAAAUUUUGCUCGAUUUGUUCACGGUGGCUAGUUAA